GGCGCCACGCGGGCGGCGGGUCCGCGGUCUGCUCCGCGCUGGGUCGCGCUCCAGCCCGGCAUGAACCGCUACAUCGUGCCGAUGUCCCUGCUGGGCUCGGCGGUGGGUGGCGCCGUGCUGCUCAGGGACUAUGUUGCCGGUGGGGCCUGUCCCAGCAAGGCCACCAUUCAGGGGAAGACUGUCAUCGUGACAGGCGCCAACACUGGCAUCGGGAAGCAGACGGCCUUGGAGCUGGCCAGAAGAGGAGGCAACAUCAUCCUGGCCUGUCGAGACAUGGAGAAGUGUGAGGCAGCAGCAAAGGACAUUCGUGGGGAGACCCUGAAUCACCACGUCAAUGCACGGCACCUGGACUUGGCCUCCCUGAAGUCCAUCCGAGAAUUUGCAGCGAGGAUCAUUGCAGAGGAGGAGAAAGUGCACAUCCUGGUCAACAACGCGGCUGUGAUGCGGUGCCCACACUGGACCACGGAGGAUGGCUUCGAGAUGCAGCUUGGCGUGAACCACCUGGGUCACUUUCUUCUGACAAACUUACUGCUGGAUAAGCUGAAGGCUUCGGCCCCUUCGCGGAUCAUCAACCUCUCGUCCUUGGCCCACGUUGCUGGGCACAUUGACUUUGAUGACCUGAACUGGGAGAAGAGGAAGUACAACACCAAAGCGGCCUACUGCCAGAGUAAGCUGGCGGUGGUCCUCUUCACCAAGGAGCUGAGCCGGCGGCUGCAAGGCACGGGCGUGACCGUCAACGCUCUGCACCCUGGCGUGGCCAGGACAGAGCUGGGCAGACACACGGGCAUGCAUAGCUCCACCUUCUCCAGCUUCACGCUCGGGCCCAUCUUCUGGCUGCUGGUCAAGAGCCCCCAGCUGGCGGCCCAGCCCAGCACCUACCUGGCGGUGGCAGAGGAACUGGAGGGCGUUUCUGGAAAGUACUUCGAUGGGCUCAAAGAGAAGGCGCCGGCCCCCGAGGCUGAGGAUGAGGAGGUAGCCCGGAGGCUUUGGGCUGAAAGUGCCCGUCUGGUGGGCUUGAAGAUGUCCUAGGGGUCCUCUCUGUGGGGACAGUUCCUCCCCAAAUAACCCGGGGGCAGGCGUGCAAACCAUCAGGGAGGUGGACUCAUCAGGAUGGAGCUGCAAGGCCAAGGCUGGAUGCCAGGUCCUCACCGCCCUCUAGGUGGCAGUAUUGACAGCGUGAGCCUCAAGAUCCAGAAACCUGGCUGCCACACCGCAGCAGCCACGAGGUGGCAGCAUCGACCAAGGGAUGCUGGCUGCCAUGCUCACAUCACCCUCUAGGUGGCAGCAUUGGCCUGCCCUCUCUUCUGGCCACAGUGGAUUGGACUCCAGGUGGGCACUGACCACAGGUGAGCUGGGCCAUCAGAGGCCUUUCUUGGGAAUCUAAACUGGGAACUGCUGAGGGAGGAGCUGGCUCCCUCAGAUGUGGGCCACAGUGAUAGACAUGAUCAAGUUCCUAGUCCCCUGAGGGGACCUUGUACACCUCCAGGAUCCUCUCUGAGCCUCUGUUUCCCCAACUGUAAAGUGUGCAGAAUCACUUGACU